AUGUACGGUACUAUCGCUUCGACGAACAUUGUCGCAUUCUCGGCUCGGCUUCGUCUCUCCCCUGCCCACUCUCCCUGGUUCUGCGCAGAGCCAGUGCGGCCAGUCGUUCGUCGAACCAGCGAGACUGAAGACAGCUACCAAUACCGCAGGCGAAGGUAUCUUGAGGACAUGGGCAAACAUCUCAUCCGCCGCCGGAUCCGACUGGAAUUCGAGGCCAUCCUGGCUGCCGACAAUGCAAAGCUCGAGAUGGUUCCCCGCGUUCGCCGUGUCUGUCACAAUGAACAUCUCGAGGCUUACGAUGGCUCCGGAAAGCUGAUCUACGGCAAGCGUAGACGUGACGGCUACGACCGCAAGGCUGCAGACUACGGCGUGGACGACUCGAGGCCUGAUCUCGUGAAGCGUUGCAAGAUCUCCCGCGCGCAAGAACGUGAAUCGCUCAUGGAUCUUGACAUCAUCGUCCAGCAUGAGAAGGGCGAGUGGUUGAACAGCCAAGGUAGAGAGAUCGUUGUCAGGCUGUUCGCCGCACCUUUUCUUCCUGCUUAUCUGCCUGUAAUCGAGUCUAGUCUCUCUUUAUGUCUUCCCGCUGAUGUCUCGACUGUUGUCACCGAGGAUGCAUCCGAGCACGACGAGUCUUCCGAAGGCCGGUCUAGUUCCCCCCCUGUCCCCGACCAGAUCCGCGAUGCCACCUUGCAUGCUCCUGAUAAUACUACUGGUGAUGCUUUGGCUGGUUUCUCCGACGAUACUCCUUGCAUUUCCGAGGCCGUCUCAGAGGAUGCCGACCUGGAGGAAGCCGGAGACAAGACUUUUGUGCGACGCUCUCCCGCGCGGAAGACUUGCUUGGCUACUCGUAAACGUCUCUGUUUCGCACUGAAAUGUCGACUGAAGUACAGCAAGGACGAGGCUAAGGAUCAGUUCAACCUCAAAGGCUUCACGGAUGCUCGUCAUGUGCCUGCUGAAUUCCUCGCCGGGCGCCGCUGGGACCGCAAGGGAGCUCUCGACGAUCGCCACUCUCCUGUCAACAUCGUGGACAAGGCUCGCCGACUUCGAUUUAAGCUGGCUCGUCAGAACCUGCGGCGGUACUUCAGGAGCAAGUGUUAUGUCUUAUAUCCGCCCUUCGACUUCAAGGCUUUGGCGCUGGAUGGUAUCUUUCCAGCAGACGACACGCGCCCGUGCCCCCUCCGGGAAAAGCGACGGCGUUGGGACGCGAUACACUUUUUCCGCUGUGAGAAGAUGGAACAUGAUUGUCGGAGAUACGAGGCCCAGCUCGACCAGGAGGGUUCUGACUGCUACAUCGGCCCAACAAGGAGGAACCGCAAGCGAAGCCACAAGCGUCGCCCGGACGUGGCUGGCGAAAAGUCAGUUACCCGCCGCAAAAUUCGCGAAGCGCUGAAGUGUAAGGAGACGCCAGUGGAGAGGACCGCCGAGGAGGCUGCUAUGAUCGAAGAGCUCUUUGGCCCUCUGCCCGCUGUCGAUCCAGUUCCGGAGGAACCUGCGAAGAUGCCGCUGUUCUUGCUUGAUUCGGACGAUGAGAAGGAAUUAGGGAUUAAGAGGCAACAGCCUGUCGCCAUGCCUUUUGUCUGGGGAGGCAUUGGUGUCGCGCCUAUGUUCGCCAAUGAGGAGGAGCCUGCUUCUGAGGACCUUACUGAUCCUGACUUGGUUGGUGAUGCGCUUGGCACGAUGUCCCUUGGCAAUGACACUGUCAACGAUGCUCCCGUCGACGACGCAGUCGAGGGCGGCCCUGCUGUCGGUUGUGACCAAGACGCCCUUCAUGGAACCCUUGAAUGUCUGGAUCUGGAUGCUCCUGCCCCUGCUGAAGCUGAAUACGAGAGCGAAGCUGUCGCUGCCGACCCUCUGGAUGAGGACGGCCCUGCCAAUGGAUGCGCUCAAAAUGCACUUCUUGCUAGUCUCGAACGUCUGGCUCUGGACGCUCCUGCUGUUGCUGACGAAAAACAUGAUCAAAUCGACGAGCUUGCAGAUACUGGUCUUUAA